AUGGCGACGGCAUCGACGCAACCGACCUACGUUCCCAGCAAGGUCUUGAAGACCGACUACCCUCUCAUCGACAAUGACCCGCACUUCAAGCGCGUGAUUGGCUACGCUAGGCCCUCGGACUAUGCCUGGGGUCUCGGCAUGGCUGCGGGAGGACCAGGUGCUCUCCUGUUGAUGGAGAAGUUCGCACCAUCGCACGUCGGGCGAGGCGGUUUCGCACGAGCCAUGCGCCUGGCCGGUGUCAUCGGAGCCAUCGGUGGCUUCCUCUACUUCUACCAGCAAUCUACAUUCCGGUUCUACGGCAUGUCGGAGAACGCCCGCGAGGUCGAGAUGGACAUGAAGGAGAUGGUUGCCAAGGUCAAGGCCGGCGAGCCGCUCUACGGCGAGAGCAGAUUGACCCCCCACAUGCAGGGUGUCGCCGCCCGCCAGAGCAGAUACUCUGCCCUGUUCAUGUACGGCAUCCCGUGGUUCAACUUUGUCAACCACAACCAGCACGGUGUCGACACCGCCAAGUACUACAGAGAGGCCGAGAGGCAACUAGAGGCUGAGCGAACGGGGUCUGCACAGGGCGAGGCCGCCAAGCUGGGUUAG